CCCCCCUCACAUUCACCAACAACAACAAACACUUGAUAAAACAAAAUCAAGAAACAUAAUAACCCUAACUAUAUACCUUAUAUAUAUAUAUAUUCUUUUCUUGAUCUUAUAGUUUUAUUAUGGCCGGAAAAUCAAGAAACCAGCCUAGCCCCGUCGGCAGCCCGACUUCCGGCAACAUAUCCGACAAAGAACAAGACCGUUUCCUCCCGAUUGCCAACGUUAGUCGUAUCAUGAAAAAAUCUCUGCCUGCAAAUGCCAAAAUAUCCAAAGAAGCUAAAGAAACAGUUCAAGAAUGUGUUUCUGAGUUCAUCAGCUUUAUCACCGGCGAAGCCUCCGAUAAGUGUCAGCGAGAGAAGAGAAAAACUAUCAACGGCGACGAUCUUUUAUGGGCUAUGACUACGCUUGGUUUUGAGAAUUACGUUGGACCCUUAAAAGUUUAUCUUAAUACUUAUAGAGAAACUGAAGGGGACAAGAAUUUCAUGGUUAAGCCGGAAGAUCAGAACCGGUCGCCGUCGUCUCCUCCGGCUGCUUCUGAUCAUCAUCAUGUGGAUAAUUUGCAAUUUAACAAUAUUAAUCCGAGGUUUGUUGGCUAUGGAUAUGGAGAUAAUUUGGUGAGUAGUUCAAGUGGUUUUAAUUUUAAUAGCAUGCAAGAAAAUGAUGGUAAUGGAAAUAGAUCGGCAAUGGCGGCGGCUCAGCUCCAUAACGGCGUUGAGUGGUAGAGUAGAGACCAACAUGUGUAUUUACUAUUAUGUCAACUUUAUACCACUAUGUUUCAUGUAAGUUAAUUACUGAGUUCUUUUUUAUUUUAUUUUGUUUAACCUAA